AUGCGCUAUUUGAUAGGUGCCAUCCGUUCCAGUGGCAUGCCUCAACACGAGCAAUCGCUGUACUGGGCUACAUUCACGCUCAUGUACUUCGGUUUCCUGCGCGUGGGAGAGGUCACCUGCCCAGGGACCAAUAGCUACGAUCCGCGGCGCACUCUCAUGUCCACAGACGUGCAAGACCACGAAGAUCGAGUGCUUAUCCAACUGAAAGUCACGAAGACCGAUCCAACCGGUCAGGGCCACUCCGUAGCGCUGACGGCGACAGGUCGUUCCGUGUGUCCCGUGCAGGCUUACCGGAAGUACCUUGCUCACGCUCAGUUCAUACCGACAGCUCGAGCGCGGCCGUGCCUCAUCCAUCAGGACGGCAGAUACCUAACCAGGCGUUCUGUAAAAGCCUGCCUCCAUCGUCUCCUGGAGGGACACCCUGACCAGCUCCGGAUUAACACGCACAGCUUCCGCAUCGGCGCAGCAACCACCGCCGCGCGCAACAACGUGCCAGACCGCGUAAUUCAACGCGCAGGGCGAUGGAAGAGCAACUGCUACGUGCGUUACAUCCGGACACCGGCCCCAACCACGCUGAACCCCUACUCCAACGGGUAA